ACUUUAUGUAAAACAAUUCAUUCUGUUUUCAGAAAGGGGAGUUCUACAUUGUAGACUUACACACACCUGAAGGAUUACAAGUAUGUGUGGUGCCAGAUAUUUGGUGUUACUACGUAGACGACAAAUUCUGCUGUGUUUGGCCACAUUUUCAUCAGACAAAGGAAAUCAAGAGUAGGACUCAACCCAAGAGAGAGUGGGCCUCAUUCUAUGCGGAUAAGAGAAAUAAGACUUUUGGAAGCUACAACGAAGCUAAAGCCAAAGAAAUUACUGCCACUCAAAAGACAGAUUUAGCUUCUGAGCCCGAAGAUCUUGGAAGGGGUAAGAGGGUUCGCAGGAUGAGGAGACCAUUUUCUCCUGCAAUUGACUACCAUCUUGACUCAUCGUCGUGUAGCGAAGAAGAAGGUGCUUCGCAACUGAUGAAAAAUGGAUUGCCUCCUGCCCCAUUCUUAUUGCCGGUCACCCAGUCAACGGCCCUUUCAGAUGAAGGUACACCAGGAUAUUAUAGUUCGCUACCAAACGAAGAGAAUGCAGUAUCACCAACUCAAGAGAUCUGCAGUGAGUUAAUCAGUGCACCAAUCACUUCUCCACAGUCUAGCAGUGAAGUUGAAGAUCGUUCUAUGCAAAUCCAUGGACAAGUUCAACGCAAGAAUUCAGGCGCUGCUGGCUCAACUUAUAGAAAAAGAAUCAAUGAAAGUACAUCAGGAUAUUGUAGUUCGCUACCAAACGAAGACAAUGCAGUAUCACCAACUCAAGAGAUCUGCAGUCAGUUAAUUAGUUCACCAAUCACUUCUCCACAGUCUAGCAAUGAAGUUGAAUAUCGUUCUAUGCAAAUCCAUGGACAAGUUCAACGCAUGAAUUCAGGCGCUUCUGGCUCAACUUAUACAGAGAAUGUCGUUGCUGGGUCCUCCGGCACUCCAGCAUGUGGUUCAUCUGGGACAAUGGGAACGUUUAACCGUUAUGUAGUAUCACAACAAGAUUUUCACAUUCUUCGUGCCCUGAAGCAAGUCAAUGCUACAAUGAAGGAGAUGGAUCGAAAAAUUUUAUCCAUAGAUAAGAAGGUGGAGAAGACGGCAACUGAAGAAACUACUUUUGCUGACAUCGAAAAUUUCCCAGUAUCUUUUCCGCUAGCAAACGUUGAAGAAUUCAUUAAGCUUGAAGACAUACUAAAUGAAGAUCCAUCUAAAGCUGCCAUUGUGUAUCAGUUAGUAAAGUCGUGUGGUGGGAUGUCGGAAUCGGAUGCGAUUUGUCGGGCGUGGAUCAAAAUUACUUCCAUUGAGUGUCGCUCUGACUGCAAUUGGAAGGGUGUCAAAAGAGGCACUCACCAGAAACAUGGGCUCGAACUUUCAUCGAUUAAGGAUGCUGUAUUAAAGGGAAUCAGAAUGAACGCUACGUACGCAGAUCUCAAGGAUGCGGUGUUUGAACAUGAGACCAGGAAGUUUUUCGUCCGCGCUCCUGAAAAAGUUCGCACUAAGCUUCGCGCGAAGAAGCGCCCAGCAGGCACGGCUGAUCAUCCACAACUUCCCAAUGGUGUGGAUUGAAAAUCGUCGUUUCAGUUGUGAGUUAAGGACCAUCAUGCCUUACCCCACUUAGUCAAAUUCAAUUUCAACCAAUCAAGAAUCACUUCUCAUGGAUUAUUGAAAAUCCAAAUUCAAUUUCAACCAAUCAAGAAUCACUUCUCAUGGAUUAUUCAAAAUCCAAAAUCAAGAUAUGUUGAAGAAUCAAGAAUGUCAAGUUGGCGCGCCGUGCCGUGCAGAAACCCCUAGUUGCCUAGUAACUUUAUUACAUUCACGUGUAUUAACAUGUAUGUCUGUCCUUAAUUAAUAAAGUUGGUUACGAGAA